GGGGGAUACAUUCAUGUAGUGUAUCUCCUGAUUCUGAGACCUUUGAGUUACUUUAUAUUCCAGGUGGUUUUAUUGUUGGUAUAUUGGAUUAAGGUCUUAUAGUAUUAUUAUACAACUGUAUUGUUUGCAUGCAAAGCCUACAUGUGUUAAGAUACAUGGCUUCACAUGUACAGUAUAUGCAGUAAUAUCAAACACGUGUCCUGGAUUUAGUAUUGAUCCUAAAAAAGAAAUCCCAGGACUUGAACUAUUUUGGCCUACUUAACAGACUUUGGCUCAUUCACUAGGAACAACCAUGGAAACGUUGGAGCAGUUCUACAAGUGGACAGAAGAAACAAGUGAUCCAAGGACUAGAGACUGGCUUCUACUGCAAACACCAUGGCCAAUCAUCUGUAUCUUCGUCUCCUAUCUCACCAUGAUCUACAUUGGGCCAAAACUUAUGAAAGGUCACCAGGCCUGGAAUCUGAAGAGCGUUCUCAUUCCAUACAACUUUGCUCUUGUCAUUUUGUCUUUUUAUAUGUUUUAUGAGUUCCUUAUGUCUGCUGCACUGGCAGGGUACAGUCUAAAGUGUCAACCUGUAGACUACUCCAGAGAUCCACUUGCUCUGCGGAUGGCAAGUGUAUGUUGGUGGUUCUUCUUCUCAAAAGUUAUUGAACUACUGGACACUCUGUUCUUCAUCUUAAGAAAGAAGGAGAACCAGAUCACAUUCCUCCAUGUGUACCACCAUUGCACAAUGAUCAUCAACUGGUACUUGGGGGCAAAGUAUGUCGCAGGAGGCCAAGCAUUCCUCUUAGCAAUGAUCAACUCAUUUGUACACAUCUGGAUGUACUCUUACUACACAUUAGCAGCUGUUGGGCCACACAUGCAGAAAUAUCUCUGGUGGAAGAAGUAUAUGACAACGCUACAGUUGACGCAGUUUUUCAUAGUUGUCGCACACACAGGCUACAAUAUGACGAUAGACUGUAACUUUCCUCAGGGAUUCAACUAUGCUGUGUUCUUCUAUGCCAUAACUCUUAUAAUUCUAUUUGGAAACUUUUACUACAAAUCAUAUGUGGAAAAGAAAGCAACUAAGAAACAGUCUCAGAAUGGAACUAGUCACUCAAAAGUUUCCAACGGAUAUCACUAUGAGUUACGCUCUAGAAAACCUGAAUCUAAUGGCACCAAUGGACAUACAAAUUAGGUUUCGGAGAUUCAGUACUUGUAAAUACUAGAAGUUUUUAAUGAUUUUAUAACUGUAAUAUCCUGAAAGUACUGUUGACAAAGAAGGGAGGGUUGUUCAGAAACUGUCCAGUACAUCAGUUUUGGAUAUUUUGUUUUAAUUUAUCAUAUGUACGGGUACACUAAUAUACCAGGUAGGCAUAAAAAAUGGGUUGUACUUUGUCACCUGAUAUCUCCAUAACCAUCAAUUUUGAAAAUUGAACAAUACUUAAAAGUGCAUUUGUAACAUUUCAUGAAAAAAAAUAUUUCUGCACCAUCUUCGUAGAAGAUGGAGUACCAAUUGAUCAAUGUUACAAGUGUAACAAGGAUUGACGUCAUAUUGAAAUUAUCCGGAACAUGCGCCUUUGACUCAUGUUUUUGAUUUUGAUCCCAUUAUCAGAAAUGUUAAAGGAUAGAACUGAAUUGAUAUAUCAGGGAGAUAACCAGGUGCCGGAGUAUAACCCAUUUUUUAUCCCCACUGAGUAAAGUAAAAUAUUGUUCUGCUAUCCCACUUGGUUUCAAUUUCUUUUUUGUUCUGUCCAAUACCUGUUUAUCUAGAUCUUAGGUCUCAAGUCAACAGCACAUUAAAGGUUUACAGUUUUAGUUUACAAUUGAACAGUCAGGAGUGCUCUGCAUUUGUAUGAUAUCACUAUAUUUUAUGACUACC